UCCUCCCAAGAUGCAGAGCGACGGCGAGACAGCGAGAGGAGAGGACAAGGAGGUAAAUCAGGAGGUUAACCCCUGGCUCUCGGCCUCCGCAGAGAGGUCGGAUGCAGCUGGAGGGCCGCGAGUGACGCCCAGCAAGUCCGUGACGAUCAGCAAGCUCUGUGACAGCAGCCCCAACUUCAGCGGCUCCGGCAAGAAGCUGCUGCGAUGGCGACUCGGUCGCCUGAUUGGGGAAGGAGCGUACGCGCAGGUGUACCAGGGGAUUAACGCGGACUCGGGGGAGCUGAUGGCGGUGAAGCAAAUCUUCUUCUCUGAGGUGAGCUUCCAAGACAACAAGAAGAAGCGCACGGAGGCCAUCAGGGCCCUGCAGCGGGAGAUCGACGUGAUGAAGAUGCUGCAGCACGACAACAUCGUCAAGUACCUGGGGACCGAGACCGACGAGGGUCGGCUCAACAUCUUCCUCGAGUACGUCUCGGGUGGGAGCAUCGCCUCCCUCAUCGCCAACUUCGGAGCGCUGGACGAGCCUGUGGUGAGGAAGUACACGAGGCAGAUCCUCAUCGGCCUCGAGUUCCUCCACAGCAAGGGAGUCGUGCAUUGCGACAUCAAGGGAGGCAAUAUCCUUGUCACGGAGGACGGCAUUAUUAAGCUCGCCGACUUCAACUCCUCCAAGUACCUUGACAGCAUCACAGGAGGCGGCUCGAACCCUCUCAAGAGCCUCCUCGGGACCCCGCAGUUCAUGGCGCCCGAGGUGAUUCGGCAGACGGGGCACGGCAAGAAGGCGGACAUCUGGUCAGUAGGCUGCACGGUGAUCCAGAUGCUGACUGGGGCGCCGCCAUGGGACGAGAUAUCCAAUAAGGUCACGCUCAUGUUCCACAUCGCCACUGCUCCCAACGGACCUCCCCUGCCCGAUGAUCUGCAGGAGGACGCGCGGGACUUUCUGGGCAAGACGUUCAAGCUCGAUGCUCGUGAACGCCCUCACUGCGCCGAGCUCCUCAAGUCUAGGUUUGUCACCCUCCUCGAGGCUGCCGGCGACCCUCCGACCAGCGUCGGCGCAGCACAGCCGCAGCACCACGAGAUCGCCCAAGACGAAGACUCGCGGCGGCCGCCGCUGCUGUGA